AUGGCCGGAUUCAUAGUUACACAGGCGGGCCACGAGCAGACAGUCGUGCAACUCGGCGCUCUCCCGAAGACACAAUGUCGAAAUGGAGGCCAGCGACCUGGGGCAUGGGGCUCUGCCGCCGCCGCCACUCCCAUCACCGCUGUCCGCAGCGCCGACCAGCUCCGCCAAGGCAGGAUCUUUGAGGGGUCCUUCCACUCGGCGCCGAGCGAGCAGAUGGUCAACGCAUUCCUAGGACUAGCGCACAUGAGUACGGCAAACUGGUUCAUGUUCAACCCAUGGACCGGCAUGACGAUAUGGGAUGCCGACAGGCGUCAGGCGGCGCAUGUCGAGAAGUCGCUUGCCGUGCGGGAGCUCGUGCGCCUCUCCCUGCGCGUGCAGUCCACGGGCGUCGUCGCGGAGCUUCAUCUCGACACGGCACUGGUUGCUCCGAGCGGCAGCGGAGCUGAUCACGAGCGACGAAUUCGCCGGGGAUGCCAGGCAACAGAUGGGCGCGCAGAUAAUUGGCGUGGCGUCCUUGAGCACUUGAGCACUGGAUAG